GGCUAUUUCUGACCCACGCUGAGGAGAAUGACGGAGAGAUGAGAUGAGAGAGGAUGAUUAAUACAGGGCUGUGAUGCUGAUGCUGAUGGUGUUAUGACUCUGUUGCUAAGGGCAAAGAAAAGAUGCACGUGGAAACAGAGAGGAAAUCUGGAGCACAACCUCUUGAGAAAAGGCAAAUAAACCCAGGCUGUCUUUGGGGUAGGAGGUUUUACGAUAGGAAAGUAAAUCGGAUGGAGAGAAUGGAUACUGUUUGGGGGGAGAAUUGAGAGUGGAUGAAGGAGGAACAGCUAAUGCUGCUGUCCAAUCAGGAGCAGUUGCCUCAUCAGCUGCAUCCAAUGGCAUGAGAGCAGGCUGAUUCAGUGCAGGGAAGCGGCUCUGCUGCCGUUAUUAAUGAAUGGAGCGUUUCUCUGCUAACACCACACCUCAUCUCUCCCUCUCCCUCUCCCUCUCUCUCUUCUCUUCAUCUCUCGGCAGAGGUGAAAACAACCUCAGAGGCUUCGCUACCUUUAGUAACGUGCAAUCAACAUCUCUGACGCAAAAUGAAGAAGCAGCAAGAAGAAGAUGAGAGUACUGACGGCACUCCAUCCUGUACAGCUCCAUCAUCUUCCUCUUCCUCUUCUGCCCUGGCUCCACCACCAACCCGGAGAUCCAUCUCCAUGGGUGACUUCCGUCGUGCCCAGCCUGGUUCUGAGAUGCCGUCUGCCCCAGCCACAGCACCAUCCUCCAAACUGGUGACCCCGAGCUCAAGCAUGGAGUUUGAGGCGGCUCGACGGCGCCUGCUGGAGGUUGAGGAACGUCGGCGUGUCAUCCAGGAAAUGGAGCGGCGCCUGGAAGAGCUACGUGAAGUGUUCGUACGCUCAGAGCGUAAAGCUGCAGAGCACGGUGAGCUUGUGGCACGAGUGGCGGCCACAGCUCAGCAGAGUGAGCUUUACGUUUCCGAAAACUCUCAGCGGCUGAAGAAGGGGCUACGAUUCAAGCGGCAUCGGCCCACCAUCAUCUUCUCGUCCAUGCUGGGUCUCAGGACGUGUCUGCCAUGGCCCGUAAAACUCAAGUAGCAUUGAACGAGAAGAACUGGACUUUUGACCACUAGUCUGGUCUCAAGGGAAGUAUCAGAAAGCCCUAAACAUUUAGGUUUUAUUCUUCAUGUGGAAUCUCUCCUGAGGACAGGGAUGAGUCCUGCUGCUGUAAUGUGAGACACCACACUACUGCUCAGAGAUCUAUGUGUAUGUAUGUAUGUAUGUAUGUAUGUAUGUGUGAGAGAAGCUUCAGUGUCUUUGUGUCGUGUGUGGGGCUUAUACGUCUUUGGUAUUAAAUACAGAGAGCCUCAAAGGUGCUGUGAAACUGCAUGGGGAAUUGAGGUUAUAUGACCUUAUGAUGGACCGAGAGCUCUCAGAACUCUCUCCGUUUCUAUGAAAACACUUUGCCGACAGCCUCGAAUGGUGUAGAAUUGACGUCAGACUUGCAUCCACAAGUCACGUUUAGCAUCAUUUGUGGUGGUUGUUAUGGUUGCUGCUCUUCUCUCUCGGGUGCAGAGCUUGGACACGGGGGAAGAAGCUCUCGUCACCUCACGUACGGCCUCCUGUACCGUCUCCGCUGCCGGGAAACUCUCCUACUCUGUGUUUGCUUCAGAAUGUUUGGUAAUACCAAGAGAACCUCCAAAACCGCAGCCUAACAUCGACUAACAGUCAUUCAUGUUGCUGCUUUACCUAAUGCUGGGUUUCUAGACGGUUCUACUUUUAGUUAGUCACACAAGGACCUAUGUACAGUUUAUAUUUAUAUAUAUUUUGUGCUUCUUUCGUCCGUACGGACAUGUUUAGGGUUUAAACGUUCAGGUAUAAGACAAAAACACAGGUGCAAAAGAUCAGAAUGGACGCGGUUUCCUGGUGCAUAUUUGGAUGUACUUAAACAUUGGCUGGUUCAACAGGGUCGAUAGGAAGUCGCUCUAAGCGCCGACGCUGCAUUUCUAACUUCAUUUACUGUCUUCUGAGCAAUGUCUUUCAUUGUGAUUGAAACCCUAUAGGUUUUUUGUCCCCCCGUCUGUGUGUACGUCUCCUUGUGUUGUGUUCUUGUUAGGAAACGAGAGUUUGUGAAGCUCAGGAGAAAGUCACCAGGGAUUUCUAUUGUUGGCAAGAGCAGGUUAGGACAGGAAGGUUCAGAAACUCAGAGAGAGAAGAUCCUAAUUUCACUGUUUAAUGAGCAGAAUAACCUUUAUGGGGAUUGGGUUUAUGUGGUCGUUAUGAUCUAUACUCCUCCAUAUGAGUAGUGUAAUAAUCCACAUUGUGCCUGUGUACAUAGAUGAAAUGCUUCCUGACGUUUCCAAACACUAAACGUGCACUUUGAUUAGUGAAAAUAGCUUAAUAAAUGCAAAUGAGAUGCAAGGAUUGGGAAAUGAUUUGACUUUAGUUUUCCUCAGAGGGAUGCUCUUAUAUGUAUGUGUAUGUUCCUUCUCAUAGACUGGGUUAACAUCACGUUAACUCAAGAGCAUCACGUAUCAAAUAUUCCGUUUUCGGGAUUGUGAAAGCGUUUAGAUAUAAAUAACGUUCACUUUGUUAUAACCUUUAGAAGCAAAUCUAGCGCAAAUUUUAAGCAAAUCGUGAAAGAGCAAGCUGACAGGAUUUCCAGAACCUUCCGCUUCAAACUCGCGCUUUCACCCCCGCCUUCAUUGUCUCUGCGCUCUCACGCAUGCGCAGUGCCGAGCCCGCGUUGCUGCAGCGCUGACCUUACGUCACUUGGGCUGGCUGUUUUUUUUUUGUUUUUUUUUUUAUAGCUGAUUUAUUUAGCACAUUUAUUCUCUUCAGCAGCAAUUUCACUUCACUUUAGCCUGGUUGCUAAUACGAGUGAGAAGUGAGAAAGUGAGAAACGAAUCAAAAGCAAGCCACAGAAAGUACCUUUCGGUCAUUCGAGUGCGAACCGAUUCGGGGGGAAAGAUUCACACGAAAGAGUCGAUUCGUUCUUGAUUCGCCCUUCACAGCCUACUCGGGCUGGUUGUGUGGGUGGCUCAGCGCCAUGUUGGACUUUAGAUCAAUUUUACUCAAAUAUUAAUGGUUGUAGACACGUUAGAUGUAUUAUACGUACAUUAAAACAUAACUACAUUUAAAUAAAUGUACCCACAUAUACUAUUUUAUUUUUUAAAUACCCUCAAAACGAUUACAAAAACAUUGUGAGGACAUGGUGAACAGCAGGGCUCUCACUAAGAAACACACAAACUGUUUUAAUAUCUUGCUUUGUCUCAAAUAAUAGUUAUUUGGCACUGGAUAUGUGGACUUUGAAAGCUGUGUGUAGAAUUUCUAAGGGCUUUUCUCUCUCCAUCAUUGUGUUCAAGCGCUUAAAAGCCCCUUUGUAAAUGACUUAAGGUCAACUUUCUCAUGCUGGUUCAUUUUCCAGCAAAGGGCUAUCUAUCACUGAAAAGUAUACGUACCAAAAUUUUCCCAGUGCAUAUUUAAACAAGUUAAUAAUACACACAAUGCUAAGCUACGAUUGUAACCGAUCUCCUUCAUGUUUCAGAUAUGUACCGUUCACCUACAUCUAUCUAGUAAUAUAUAUUAUAUGGGCAAAAGGUUGUGGACAUCUGACCAGGUUUGGAGUGGAUGACCUCUGGUGUUCUGCACCGAUCUGUGAGGUCAACCACACUAAAACUCUUGGGUUGCGUCUUCACCCAACAUCACAAAUGCUCUAGCGGCUGAAUGAACACAAAUCCCCACAGCUACCAGCAAGUCAAGUCAAGAAGCUUUUAUUGUCAUUUCAACCAUAUAUAUAGCUGACAUAAUGAAAUGAGACAAGGAUUCUCUGGUGCUGCAUAAUUAAACAACAUAACAACACAGAGCUACAAAACAACACCGAACUAAUGACAGAAAGCAUAAUGUCCUAGCAAACUAAAGUACACAUGUGGAAAGCCUUCCCAGUAGAAUGAAGAUCUGAAAUGUUUCGGUUCAAGAACAUGUGGGUGUGGAGAUCAGGUGUCCACAAACAUUUGGUCAUAUAGCUAACGCACAACUACUUACCAAAAGAACACUGUCUUAACGUUCAUGUAAUGAAAUAUCUCCAUCAGAUUUCAGAAAAACUUGAAUCAUGGACGUCAAAACGAGCCGCUCAGCUCAGAGACCCAAGCUGCUCAAUACAUGUAUGAAUCACAGACUAAAGUAACAGCCUGUGAUGGAGGCUACAGUGGUGUGGGAAAAUGCAAUAUUUUGAUUAUUUUUGUUAAAUAGCUUUUAGACAACAUAUACUACUUCCAAAGUGGUGUAUGUUCACAUUGUUGUACAGUAGACACACACACACACAAACAUCGUAAAGUGUACAAAUCUAUUAUGUAGGAUUUGUACUAUUAGUACUAGUUUACCUUUAAGACAAAUGUAUGGUACAUAUUUGGUAAAUGUACCAAUCAUAUUCAUUUCUAUGACGCUGUAUGAAUGUUAAAAUCACUAAGACUGCAUCAUUUCUUCAAGGACAAAAUCUCUUUCAGAAACGUAGCAUUCUCUAUCAUAUUUAUUACUGCAUUUAUUGAGUACAGGGAGUCAAAUAUUUCCCCACCACUGUAUCUCUCUCUAUCUCUCUCUCUCUCUCUCUCUCUCUCUCUCUCUCUCUCUGUAUCUACACGUGUAUAAUGCCACUUAUUCCUUCAAUGCCUUACUCAGUCUGUACAGUCUGUAUAUGAGCGUUUCAAUGUGUAGACGAAGCCUCAGCUUUGCCUCUUGUCGUCUUUGCACUGCACCUCCAUUGAGUUCUGCUGUGAAGGAGAACACAAGUUUUUUCCCCCAAAGACCUCAGUGAGUGGGCCCACAAUGCAGCAUGAAUGUACCGUACGUCCUAAUGUCCCAAACCUCGCUGUAAUUCUGUGCAAUUUCUUAAUACUUCUGUUGUUUUAGUGAUGUAGGAAGCCUGAUUACCAGAACCCGCAAACCCCAGAUCAUCAGCGAUCCCUAUACUCUUAAUAAAUAUACUUCAUUAUUUAACUUUUUUUUUUUUUUUUAAAGAAAAUCUGCUCUAAAAUUUAUAAUCUGCCUAUUAUCUUCUUUCGAAUUCUUGCUUCCAGGCUUUCUGCAUGAAUGUACUUUGCUUUAGAUUGUAUUUAAGGCACAUUAUAUGCUUUAAUAUGUAAUUAGAUUCUGUAGUCAGGUCUUUAUUCCUGACACACCACAUAUGAUGACAAUAAUGUAGAACCUUGCUGCUUAUGUACAAUCCUGAGAAACAAUAAACACGGAUAUAUUUCAUGGUCA